ACUAAAGGGGUAGCUAUGGAGAUGGAGCGUUUUCCUGGCUGCUUUCUUUGACAGGUGUUGAGUGGGGCAAAAGUCUUAAAACAGAAUCCAGCAUGUACGCCAAAGGUAAAGGAGCUGUCGUCCCUUCCGAUAGCCAAGCGAGAGAAAAGUUAGCUUUAUAUGUGUACGAGUAUUUGCUGCAUGUCGGCGCACAGAAAUCAGCACAGACCUUCCUGUCAGAGAUUCGAUGGGAGAAGAACAUCACACUUGGGGAACCUCCAGGAUUUUUACACUCAUGGUGGUGUGUAUUCUGGGAUCUGUACUGCGCUGCCCCGGACCGGAGGGAGACAUGUGAACAUUCCAGCGAGGCCAAGGCUUUCCAUGACUAUAGUGCGGCCGCUGCUCCCAGUCCAGUGAUGGGCAACAUGCCACCCAACGACGGCAUGCCAGGAGGACCCAUGCCCCCGGGCUUCUUUCAAGGUCCUCCAGGAUCUCAGCCCUCCCCUCACACGCAGCCUCCCCCACACAACCCCAAUAAUCCCAUGAUGGGACCUCACGGACAGCCAUUCAUGUCUCCACGGUACCCGGGUGGCCCAAGGCCCGCCCUCCGCAUGCCAAAUCAGCCUCCGGGGAGCAUCCCCGGGUCACAGCCUCUCCUACCAAACAGCCUGGACCCCACCAGACCUCAAGGACAUCCAAACAUGGGAGGUCCAAUGAGAAUGAAUCCCCCCCGAGGCAUGGGAGGCAUGGGCCCACAGAACUACGGCGGAGGGAUGAGGCCUCCUCCAAACUCCAUGGGGCCAGGGAUGCCGGGCAUGAACAUGGGUCCCGGUGGAAGAGGUCCAUGGCCGAACCCCAACACCAACUCAAUAGCUUAUUCAUCUUCAUCUCCAGGCAACUAUGUGGGCCCUCCAGGGGGAGGCGGCCCACCAGGAACUCCCAUCAUGCCUAGCCCCGGAGAUUCGACAAACUCAAGUGAAAACAUAUACACGAUGAUGAACCCUAUCGGCCCUGGUGGAAAUAGACCCAAUUUCCCAAUGGGGCCGGGUCCUGACGGGCCCAUGGGUGGAAUGGGUGCUAUGGAGCAGCAUCAUAUGAACGGAUCACUAGGCUCUGGUGACAUGGAUGGGUUGCCAAAGAAUUCUCCCAACAACAUGGCAGGCAUGAACAAUCCUCCCGGCACUCCGCGGGAUGACGGCGAGAUGGCAGGCAACUUUUUAAACCCAUUCCAAAAUGAAAGUCCCCUGGGGAUGCACCUGGAAAGCAGGACUCCCCUCAAGGCCCCUCAUCCCAACGCCUGUAAAAUGGGUUUAAGAACAUGAAAAGGCCUCCAAGCAACAGGAAGGGUCUCUGCUCCGCUUCUUCUUCACCUGCCGGGCCUCCAUACAGGCUCUAGGACAGUAAGAGACUGCUCCAAGCCUGUCUCUCCAAAAAAAAAAAAAACUGCCCUCAUGGGUGGCAUUCAAGCCCAAACAAGAUGCCCCGCUGCAUCUACCACCACUCCAUUAUAUCACGCUGAUUAUAAUUUAUGAGGGCACGCAGUUGUUGACUGACAGGGGCCGAAAACCCUCAUUCAAAAACUCAAAGAGGAAUGAUAAUAAAAAAAGAAAAAUUAAAAAAAAAGAACUGAUAAUGUUAUUUUAGGGCAAGAAUGGUUUUCAUUUAAUGUUUGUAUUUUUUGUUGUUGAUGGUAAUAUUAUUGUUAUUAUUUUCAUAAUUGAUAUUAUUCUACUAAUGUAGUUAUGAUUUCCUGUAAAGGGCACAUUUUUAUCUCAGCAGCAGCAUCAACAAUGACAGAAUAAGCACACCCUCGAAAAAUGCACAAUGAUUUUCUGUUUACAUGAUUUUUGGUUAUUUGAUGUUUGUCUUGUUUUUUUUUUUUGUCACAGCCGGUCUCACUUCACAAACCUCUCCUCAAAACUUCUUCGGAACUUGUAGCUCCAGUCUCUGCCAUCUAAAUGUUUGUAGCACCAUUUGCAUAAACAUUCAAAGUCUUCACCUUUUUAAUGAAGUAGUUUGUGCCGUGGCGUUAGUAUCUCAGCUAAAACUAUCCAUACAGAUUAAACGGAGGCUUUCUCAAAGCACUGCUGUUUUCUGGUACAAAGUGUCUGCUGAUGCACCUGACCGAUCAUCUAGCUAUCUUGUCUUAAUAAGCACCCAUCCUCACAGUUUCCUAGUGUUUUUACUGCAUGGGAAUGGCUCUGAGGUGCCAGUUCUCAUUCAGUCAUAGACCGAGCGAGAGAGCACCUCUUCUCUGGAUUUGGUCUUGUCUGUAAAUACAACAUAUUUAGCUUGUACUGUGGUUGUUUUUAUUAUUUGUUAUUUACAAUUUGUCUGUGAAUCCUAAAAUGUGGUUCCUUCCCCUCCGUCACUUUGUUUGAUUUCAACUUCACUGUGGACUCCAAGUGGCACUGUUUUCCUCCCAGGAUUCAUUCUGGUCUCUCGCCAAUGUCUCCUUUUUGGACUGAGAGAUAUUGUAGGAGCUCAGAUACACUCGGGAAGCCUGCUUUUAUUUUAUUUUUUUUUUAAGUUUGGGGUGAACUCACAGAUCCUAUAUGAUCGAUCCACUUUCUUAACCAAGACAAGACAGGCUAAAUAAUGUAAAAUGUCUCCUUGGAGCUCCUGUCGACGCUCAGCGAGUCCCAUAUGUACGGGAUAAUGGAUCCGGAACACUGGGAGGCUGCAGCAGCGCUGAUGAUGGGAGCAGAGUGAUGCACCUUGGGGUUAACAGACCAUGCAGCCACAUGCAGAAUCUGCACACAAAGAAAAGCAUAGUUAAAAUAUUACGCUAUUUAAUUUGUUUCUUUCCGUAUGUUAUGUACUCUUGGCCUGAUCAACUCUGUCACCAUUUCAAAGGGAUACAUUAUCUCUCAUAGCAUCAUACUGCAGCACUUCAACAUGGCUGUGUUCAAACCAACAAUAACUAAACAACCAUUGGAGCCUCUACGGGUUAUGGCGACGUACUUAUCAAUUUUCUGAUAUCAAUGUGAACAGAGUGUACCUAUUCAAUAGGGACAUCUCCAGGAUUUGGCUAUCAGCGGCCUGGGAACCACUCUCCAGUGUUUCUCCAAUGUAGUGACACACACCUCCAUCCUUUCCUCCAAUCCCAUCCCUCCCCCCAAACAUCCCCCCCUCACAUUCUUUAAUUUCCUUUUUUGUAAAUACUGUAUAAUGCAUUUUGAUAUCAUUGACAUGUUUUGAUAUGUCAGUCACUACCAAUGAAUACAGCUUAAAGUAAAUUAUAAAUAAAUCUGUCAAUGUUUUUCAUAGAGAAAGGAUGCGCUGACUAUUUGGCUUGUGUGGCUAAAUUUCCAUAAAAAUGUAUAGAAUACAGUAAGACAAUAAAUGCAGACUGUAUGCUAAAUACUUUUGAGUGGAGAAUAGGACAUAGAGAGGACAGGACAGAUAGAAGCAAACAAGCUGUGGGGUCCUCACUCUGAACUCGUCUCCUUUUAUGUUUCAGUUCAAUGUUACUAUUGGCUUUGAAUAAUCAUUGAAUCAUUUUUCCAAAGGGGCAUCUUCUCACAAGAAACAUGUGGCCUCUUAUUGCAGUUUUUAAUAUGAAAGAUUUUUAUCAAUUUAAGAACUUUUAAAAAGGUAAAAAUACUUAAGAGAACCUCAUUUUAAAUUAAGAAUAGAUCAAAAGGCAACUGUGUGCUUUGCUAUUCGCUCCUGUUAUAGCGUUGUAUAGAUCGAAGCUCUCUCACUGAUCCUCUCUCAGUCCUCUGUGUAUAUCGAUCGUUGGCCAUCUCUGUACUUCUAUUGUGAUGUAUAAUACUGUACCAUUAGGAAGAUUUGCUGGUCGGGUGGGGUGGUAUUGUUGAGUCGGGGAGGGGUUGGGAUUCAAGGGAAGGAGAUAUAAAUGAUUCUCCUGUCCCAUUCAUGGUCCUUUCUGAUGACACGGCAGUAUUCGAUAUGAAGCAGUCUGUCUCUUGGGUUUGCUUUGUAUUUUCAUGGUAGGAUAGUUCAGAAUCUUGUCUUAGGGACUUAGGUGUCUUGUGUAGGUAAUAAAGAUGUUCUUUGUAUGUUUCUUUAUAUUGUAAAGUUUCUUUAGACUGAAAGAAAAACAGAUAAUUUGCUUAUCAAAAAAGAAAAAAUGCAUCAAUAAUAAAUGUCCUUUGAUUUUU